GCGCCCCUAGGACCCCCGCGAGCACUGAUUUGCGGCUCUUCGCCGUGGUUGUGCGGUCCUGAGUCUCUCGGGUCCGGGAAGCGUCCAUGCCCGCCCCUGUUGUGUGGGGGAUAUAACGGCCGCGCCGGGCCCGCCGAGUAGGGCGCGCGGUCCUGGGGGCGGGGCGCUCGGCGCCGCCCCCAGGCGGCCAGAGCCCGUUAACUGGCCCUGGUCAGACUCGCGUGUCCGGGGCUGCUUUCCCUGGCCCAGAGGAGCUGGCGCUGAUCAUCCGCUUGCUAGCUUCCCGCUCCCUCGUUGGGCCCCGGAGGCCGCCUCCCUCUCCGUAAAGCGAGCCCUUGCUUUUGUUUUCGGCUGAGCUACAGGACUCCGGAGACGUGAGCAGACACAGAGACUUCGGGCCCAGGUCCGGGAAGGCUUCCUGAAGCAGGUUUCUCCGGGGUCUGGUAAAGCCCCAAGGCCAUCACCAUGGACUUCCAGCACCGCCCUGGGGGUAAGACGGGGAGUGGAGGCGUGGCCUCCUCCUCAGAGAGCAACCGAGACCGCAGGGAGCGCCUCCGGCAGCUGGCCCUGGAGACCAUUGACAUCAACAAGGACCCUUACUUCAUGAAGAACCACCUGGGCUCCUACGAGUGCAAGCUGUGCCUGACCCUGCACAACAACGAGGGGAGUUACCUGGCACACACCCAGGGGAAGAAGCAUCAGACCAACUUGGCCCGGCGAGCCGCCAAGGAGGCCAAAGAGGCCCCCGCCCAGCCGGCGCCAGAGAAGGUCAAGGUGGAGGUGAAGAAGUUUGUGAAGAUCGGCCGCCCGGGCUACAAAGUGACCAAGCAGAGGGACACAGAGAUGGGCCAGCAGAGUCUCCUCUUCCAGAUCGACUACCCCGAGAUCGCCGAGGGCGUCAUGCCCCGCCACCGCUUUAUGUCCGCCUACGAGCAGAGGAUCGAGCCUCCGGACCGGCGCUGGCAGUACCUCCUGAUGGCCGCCGAGCCCUACGAGACCAUCGCCUUCAAGGUGCCAAGCAGGGAGAUCGACAAGGCCGAGGGCAAGUUCUGGACUCACUGGAAUCGGGAAACAAAGCAGUUUUUCCUCCAGUUCCACUUCAAGAUGGAGAAGCCUCCAGCCCCGCCAAGCCUCCCUGCUGGGCCCCCCGGGGUGAAGCGCCCCCCGCCCCCCCUGAUGAAUGGUCUGCCCCCCCGGCCACCGCUGCCAGAGUCUCUGCCCCCGCCACCGCCAGGAGGCCUGCCCCUUCCGCCCAUGCCGCCCAGCGGGCCUGCACCCUCCGGGCCUCCGGGCCCUCCCCAGCUGCCCCCACCAGCUCCUGGGGUCCACCCCCCAACAUCUGGGGUCCACCCCCCGGCACCAGGAGUCCACCCCCCGGCUCCCGGGGUCCACCCCCCGACACCAGUGGUGCACCCCCCAGCAUCUGGGGUUCACCCCCCUGCUCCGGGUGUCCACCCUCCAGCCCCAGGGGUCCACCCCCCUGCCCCGGGUGUCCAUCCUCCCCCAUCUGCUGGGGUUCACCCCCAGGCCCCAGGGGUCCACCCUCCAGCUCCUGCAGUUCACCCCCAAGCUCCGGGGGUGCACCCCGCAGCUCCCGCGGUUCACCCCCAGGCCCCUGGCGUCCACCCUCCAGCUCCUGGGGUCCACCCCCCAGCCCCAGGGAUCCACCCCCAGCCUCCCGGGGUUCACCCCCCACCUCCUGGGGUCCACCCAUCUGCUCCUGGGGUCCAUCCUCCAGCUCCUGGGGUUCACCCCCAGCCUCCUGGAGUUCACCCCUCAAAUCCCGGGGUGCACCCCCCAACUCCCAUGCCUCCGAUGCUGAGGCCCCCACUGCCCUCCGAGGGCCCUGGGAACAUUCCGCCCCCUCCCCCAGCCAACUAAAAAGCUGCCCCUUCUCCAGGCCAGUUCUCUGUCUUGUCCUGUUUCUCUCCGAGCUAUGUGCUUUUGUGCAGGGUUGUGCCAUGUCCCCGACAGUCAUUAAACGGUCUCCCCUGA